UUUCCAAAUAGGUCAGAUAAGUGAGGGGGAAGAAAUAAACUAUGCACCCGAAAAAGCAGAGUCUACGUGCUCUACACUGAACAUAUCCUCUCCCGCUCCUCUUCCAGAAAGAAAACUAGAGAGGGAUCAGUUCACGCGACAAGAAAACUAGAGAGAAAGAUGGCGCGGCAUGAGUGUGUCUGUGUGACUGGAGGUAGCGGGUUUAUUGGGUCAACCCUCGUUCGCCUCCUUCUCGACCGUGGUUAUACUGUUCGAGCCACAGUCCAAGACAUCAAAAACGAAAAGGAGACGAAGCACCUGCAAGGCUUAGAAGGUGCGGAAAGCAGGCUGAGCCUCUUCCAAGUGGACCUUCUCAACUAUGACUCUCUCUUUGCCGCCAUUGAUGGCGCCACUGGUGUCUUCCAUCUCGCUUCCCCCUGCAUCGUGGAUCAAGUCCGCGACCCCAAGAGGGAGCUUCUGGAGCCUGCAGUGGAGGGCACGCUUAAUGCCCUUCGGGCAUGUAAAGCAGCAGGAGUUAAGCGAGUGGUGGUCACAUCCUCCAACUGUGCAAUCGUCCCCAGCCCUAAUUAUCCUGAUGAUGCCAUCAAAAAUGAGGAUUGCUGGACCGAUCUUGACUACUGCAAGCAAAAUGGGCUCUGGUAUUCGGCUUCAAAAACAUUGGCUGAGAAGGUUGCGUGGGAUUUUGCAAAGGAUGAGGGGUUGGAUGUGGUGGUUAUAAAUCCAGCAGCAGUGUUUGGCCCAAUUUUACCACCCACCAUCAAUGCUAGCAUGGCCAUGCUGCUUCGCCUCCUUCAAGGUUAUACUGAAUGUUAUAAAGAUAUUUUUAUGGGUUUUGUACAUGUUACCGAUGUGGCAUUAGGGCAUCUCUUGUUAUAUGAGAAUCCAUCAGCCUCAGGAAGGCAUUUAUGUGUUGAGUCCAUUUGUCACUGGAGCGACUUUGCUGAUGCAGUUGCUAAACUCUACCCGGAAUACAACGUGCCUAGGUUCAUGGAAGUUACUCAACCUGGGUUGUUGAGGGCGAAAAAACCAUCAAAAAAGCUGAUUGACUUGGGCCUCAACUUCAUCCCAAUGGAGGAGAUAAUUAAGGACGCAGUGUCUAAUUUACAAGAGAAAGGAUACCUGUCUUGAAGAGGUUCUUGAGGUAAAAUGCUUUAUUACUUAUGGCCCUUAAUAUCAUUAAAGCUUGUUGAAUUCUAAGUCGAACAUGUUUGAUGCAGUAAUAAUUUAGGAUAGAAAUAUACUACCACUCUUGUAGGACCCUUUAAAGGGCAAUGUCUGUGUCUCUUUUUGGGGUUUUGCUUUACUUGUAACUGGUUUCGAUGGCUCUAGUAGAAAGUAGAAGGCAAUUGAAAUGGGUCAAUAACCACUGCUAAAUAGAAGUGUAAUUCCUUUCUUGAAGGAAACAUUUGUAAUUAGGGUUCUAUUCGUAGUCUAUAAUAUAUUAACAUGGUUCAGAUGCCA